CUAUUGGCAUAUCCAAAUUACGAUCUUUAUUCAUAACGACCGGCGACUUCCUGUUUGAAGGUUAAAUAAAGUUGUAGUUUGAAUGACUAAGCCCUGAGAAUCAUGGCUGCCGACCAGACCGGCGACGUAGUACCUCCUUCUCUGUCAGCUAAAGCAGUUGGGUCGUUUGCUUACUUGACUGUGAGAGACCGAUUGCCAACUAUCCUCACUAAAGUCAUAGACACAAUCCAUCGUAACAAAAACAAGUUUUUUGAAGAAUAUGGAGAGGAGGGAAUCCAAGCAGAGAAGCAAGCAAUUUCUCUGCUGUCCAAGCUGAGGAAUGAGCUGCAAACAGACAAACCCAUACUCGUAUUGACAGAUGGCCUGGAGGACGUAGACACAUGGAACCGGUACCUGGAGAGACAACAGGGUCAGCAUGAUGACCAGGAGGUUGUCAGCUGGUUCAAGUCUCCGUGGCUAUAUGUGGAAUGCUACAUGUAUCGCAGGAUACGGGAAGCCCUUUGGCUCAACCCUCCCAUCAGUGGCUAUGACGUCUUCAAUGAAGGGAAGACUCAGAGCUUCUUUGAAUCUCAGCAGGCUACAAUCGCUUUAUGCACAUACUUUGAGGGCUUCAACAAGAAAAUGGAAAAUAUCCCUGAAAAUCUCCUUCAGGAGUAUUUCUACAAGUUGCUACAGGUUUCUCUCUGGGGAAACAAAUGUGAUCUGUCGAUCUCUGCUGGUGUGGAUAAUUCGCAGAAAAUCAGUCCCAUCGAGUCUCUAGCAGCCCUUAAGUUGUUCAUCUUGGUGGACGAUUCUGACGCUCUGUGGUCAACGCUGGUUACUGCCCGGCUACAAACACAGUCGGGGAAAAGGAGCUCCUGCCGGGUGGACUUUGUUCUGGAUAACGCUGGCUUUGAGUUGGUCACUGACCUGGUCCUAGCCGAUUUCCUGCUGUCCUCCGGUCUAGCCCAGGAGAUCCGCUUCCAUGGCAAAUCCUUCCCUUGGUUCGUUUCAGAUGUGACAGCCGAAGAUUUUCAUUGGACAAUCCGGCAGACCAUGGCGGCCAAUAAUAGGUCAAUGUCUCAGAGAGGGGUGCAGUGGCAGCAAUACAUGAAGGAGGGAGUGUGGUCCUAUCAUGAUCAUCCAUUCUGGACGCAGCCACAUGAGUUCUGUGACAUGGAGGCCGAUGCUCCGGACCUGUACGCGACACUGCAAACAGCAGACUUGCUGCUGUUUAAAGGCGAUUUGAACUACAGGAAGUUGACAGGAGAUCGAGACUGGGACCACACAGUGGGUUUUGAAACUGCGCUGAGGGGGUUUGCACCAGCACCGCUAUGCAGUUUGAGGACUCUUAAGGCAAACAUUCAAGUGGGGUUGCAGCCAGGCCGGGGGAAUAAGCUGAGCUCUCAAGAACCAGACUGGAUGACGUGUGGAAAGUACGCUGUCAUUCAGUUCUACAGCCCGAACUCGGAUAAGCAAGACUGACCUCCAAAAUAAAUGAUCAAAACAUAUCUUAAAGCCAUAACAUGAUGGCGUCACUUUACAAUGUGUCAUUGAAAAAACACUUUAAAAUGUUACAUUUUGAUUUCUCUCAGGAUGUCAGUUUUGCCUUUUUCACAAAUUAAAAGUUCCCAGGUGUCUUGGUAUUUUUUUUUUGUCGGAUACACAAAAAAGAAUGAUUCAUUUUCAUUCAAUCAUACACACACUUGCAUCAAUAUGGGCACAGCAACACCCCGAAAUGAAGUGUUAAAAAAUGUGAUGACGACAUCUAGUCAUUGUAUCACCAACAAGUCACAAGAAGCCCCAUUUCAUACAAACAGCCUU